AAUUAAGGUCAAAACUUAAUUGAAACCUUGAACUGUGAUUAUUAUAUGACUGAAAUAUUUUCUAUAUUCAAAAUUAAUAGAAAAAGAGUUAACUUUGUUUUUUUUUGUUCUAUUCUCUUAUUCAUUUGUUGCCCUUUGUCUUGAUACUUUUUUCGCAUCAAGAUCUUAAUUGGCGUUCUAAUUAAUCUGAUGUAACAAUUUUUUCUAUGUUUUAUUUUGUUCUAUUCUUAAGUUUGUGUUUGUCUGAUUGUUUUUAUCUCUUUUUUUUUGAAUUUGUUCUUUGUUUGUUUAACGUUCUUUUCGUUUUUUUUGUUUGUUUGUUUGUUGGUGUAUUUUGAUGAUUCUGAUCUUUAAUUGUGAUUAUGGAAAAUUCAAGAUUUACUUUGUUACCUUCGAUUGGAAAUCAAAUUGAUUAUGGUCCUGAUUGUUAUCAAUAUCAACAUAUUUCUCCGUAUGUUGAUUAUUCUCGACCUAAUAAUUGGUAUUCAUCUUCAGGUUCACCUUCUUCUUCCUCUUUAAUCACAUCGGAUCAUCUACCAUCUUUGUCGCCAUCUUGUUCUUCUCCUUCUGGUAUUGUUGGUUCAUCUUUUGGUGUUUCUUCAUUUUCUUCACCCUUUCUUUCAUCUACUCUGAUUGAUGGAACAGAUUAUUCAAAUUCUUAUUAUAACAAUGGUGGUGGUGUUGGUGUUGGUGUUAAUGAUGGAAAUUUAGGAAUUGGAUUGAAUGGAAUUGGUGGUGUUUCUCAUAUUCUGGUGAUGAAUGUUCUCAAAUUUUAAGUGCUUCUUCUACAGGUAGUGGUCAUUUUACUUGGGAGAAUUUGAGUUCACCGAUUAAUUAUCAUCAACCAUUGAAUCAACAUUGGAAUGUUGGUUGUGGUAAUAAUACAAUUGAGACUGAACAAGAAUUAAUUGAUCGUAAACCUAUUUUAUUACCUGGACUAAAUUCAUCAUCCAAUGACUAUGAAUGUUCAGCACUGCAAUUAAUUAAACGCCAAAAUGAUUAUCAAUAUAAUAAUUAUCUAAAUGUUGGUGAUAAUUUGAAUGGAAAUGAUGAAGAAGGAGGUGAAGGAGAAGAAGGAGAGGAAGAUUAUGACGAUAAUGACGACAACGAAUCUGAGAAUGAUGAAGAUGAAGAUUAUGAUGAUAAUCUUGACGGAGAUGACGAGAGAAUUGAUUAUUGAUACAAGUGGUGGUUCUGAUGGAAUUUUAAAUAAUUCUAAUCAAAGUGAUAAAGAUGAUACAACAAGAUCAGGUAGAACGACAUCGACAUCGACAAUGAUAAUUAAACAUUGUCAAGUUUGUGGUGACAAAUCAACUGGUCGACAUUAUAAUGCAUUUACAUGCGAAGGUUGUAAAGGUUUUUUUAGAAGAUCAGUUAUGAAAGGAAUGAAAUAUGCAUGUAAAUCAAACAACGAUAAUUGUCCAGUUGAUGCUUCUAAUAGACGGAAAUGUUGUCGAUCAUGUCGAUUACGUCGAUGCCUUAAAAUUGGAAUGAAUCCUGAUAUUUGUUUAAAUAAAGCAAAUGAUGAUUCGCUUGAACGGAGUUUACGUGCCAAUAGUUUGGAAAAUAUGUUCAACAAUUUAAAUUCAUAUUACAGUGAAUUUCUGAAACCAAUGAUGAUUAAUUACGUGGAAUGUAUUGAUUCGGGUUCAUGUGACACUUUCUACAUUUCAUAUGUUCAAUUUCAUUUUCGAAUGACAAACAAAUUGAUCUACUUUGAAUCUCGUCUUCCACCAUUUACUUCAUUAUCAGCUGAAUGUCGAUUCCUUGGUGUACGAGAAGCGGCUCAUUGUAUUGCGAUUUUAUUUAUUCUUUUGCACUUUGAUUGUGAAAGUAAUUCAAUCCUUUGGCCGAAUGGAAGACAAAUUAUUGAAGAACAAUUGAAAGGAUCGGUUUUCUGGUAUUCGAUUUACAAUGUUCCAAAUGGCUAAAGAAUUGAAACGUUACAAUUUAAUCGAAAAAGAUUUACCUUUGAUGAUUUUAAUUCUUUUAACACUUAACUUUUCUCGAGAACAAUUUGCAUCAACAUUAAUCUCUAAAUGUUCCUCUUUUAAAUCAUCAACUUCAUCAACUUUUUCUUCUUCUUCUUCAUCAUCUUCUUCUUCUCCAUCAUCGUCAGCAAUUACUCUUUGGAAUGGACACAUGGAUUUACUACACAAAAUCUACAAUUUCUCUGGAAUAAUUAAAAGUUGUCUCAACAAUUACACUUCCAACUACAAUCGAGAUUAUAAUCCAAUUGUUCACCAUCAUUUUCCAUAUCCAUCAUCACAAUCCUCAACUUACUAAUGGAAAAACCUACUCAUAUAAUCAUCAAUUUAAUCAUCAUUCCUCUCUUCAUUUAUAAUCUCCAACAAUCUUAAUACUAUUUAAUUAACUAUUCUUUCAUUUUUAAUUGUCACUCACUUGAUUUAAUAUUUCAAACGUUUUAUAAUCAAACUUUUAUCACUUUUGCAGUUAAUCCAUUUUUGUAUCUCCCAAAACACUGUCAGUAAAACGUUUUUUUUC